AUGAUCCUUGAUACAGAAGGUGCGUGGGACUCUCAAGCUGUAGUAAAGUCACUUGAAUCGGAUCUUCUAGCCUUGGAGUGGAUAUCGUACACUACUGUCGCGCUCGGCUGUCGAGAUGGAACCAUUCGACUAUACGACACAAGAUCAGGGGGCUCAAGUCACGUCUUGACACAUCCCGCGCCUAUCUCAAAGCUCAAGCGUGCCGACGAGGAGACUAGGUUGAUAUGCUCUGGGCUUAACGACACGCUUUUCCUAUACGACAUUCGCGCACCUCGCUUAUCUCGGAACUCAUCGCGAAAGACGUUCGAUUACGACAACCAUCACUACAACGAGGAGUACUUUCAGAAUCUGUAUCCGACUCAUCGCGAUAGUCACAAACGCCGCAAGCUCAACCACAAAGCUUUCAAGAAUUGGUCGCAGCCAGUCAUGACCUUUGCCCACCUGAACAGAGACGAGCUGGAACUGGACAUCGAUGUUCACCCCAGACUCGGACUUCUAGCAGCAGCCCAAGACACAACGGAGGGCACAGUGAUCCGGAUUAGCAACAUCUGGACGGGGAAAUCUGUCAAGGAGAUUGAUCCAGGCAGCACGCACCAGGCCAAAAUCCGCUCACUCAAAUUCGUUGAAAGCGGCUUUGACGGCAAUGUUGACCUCUGGUCGUGUUGGGGUGGUGGGAUCGCGAAAUUUGGGUGGUCACACAGUAGAGGCCUUUAG